UUGAAAUUGGAUUGCAUGUGAGAAAAAAAAAAAAAAAAUUGUUUGGAGAGAGUGGCAAUUUCUGUGCCAAUGAUUCUGGCCCAGCAAGAACAAGGAGGAGGAAGAAGAAGAAGAUGCUGAUGCUGAUAAAGCUCUCUGACUUUUUACGCAGUUUAUCGCCAUAGAACAGCCCUCAAGAACCUUGACAACAAAUCUCUACAGAUUUCCGAUUCCCAUGGUGUUCACAUUGGGAGCUUCUUUCCCUAUUAUCUAUGCCAAUAGGCUGCCCACUUCCGUUACCGCCGCCGCUACCACAACCAAUCCCAGUAGCAAUAGCUCUACUUCCCAUUUGUUCGAAGCCUCUUUCAUCCGUCGCGCGGCGGAGAUUGCCGAUAAGUCCGCUGGACGCACCGCCCCCCAUCCCAACUAUGGCUGCAUCAUCACCACCUCAUCCGGCGCCGUCGCUGGCGAGGGCUUCCUCUACGGUCAGGGUACCGAAUCUGCUGAGAUUCAAGCUGUGGAAGCUGCUGGCGAGCUGUGCCGUGGUGCUACUGCAUUUCUUAAUUUGGAGUCCAGUGAUUGCCCUAGCGAUAACACUGCUGUGGCUGCUUUAGUCCAGGCAGGGAUUGAAAGGGUAGUUGUUGGUAUGCGGCAUCCUUUGCAACAUCUAAGAGGAAAUGCUGUGAGGGCUUUAAGAAGUCAAGGGGUUCUUGUUGAUGUUCUUGGAGAGGAACUAAAGAGUAGAGCCGUUGAGGAAGCUCGAAAAGAAUGCUUCCUUGUUAAUGCUCCAUUGAUUUGUAAAGCUGCGUCUCGAGUACCCUUUUCUGUGCUUAAAUAUGCCAUGACUCUUGAUGGAAAAAUUGCUGCAAGUUCUGGUCAUGCAGCAUGGAUUAGUGGUGUUUCGUCUAGACAACGAGUUUUUCAAUUACGAGGAAGAAGUGAUGCUGUUAUAGUAGGAGGCAAUACAGUACGCAGGGAUAAUCCGAGAUUGACUGCAAGACAUGGUGGCGGGCAUAUUCCUCUUCGUGUUGUGAUGUCGAGGACUCUCGAUCUUCCUGAAGAAGCAAAUGUUUGGGACACAAAGGGUAUGGCGACCAUGGUUGUAACACAAAGGGGUGCUAAAAGGAGUUUCCAGAAACUGCUUGCAUCAAAAGGAGUUGAAGUAGUGGAGUUCGAUAAUCUAAACCCUCGAGAUGUAAUGGAAUAUUUUCAUGAUCGUGGAUUUCUUUCGAUUUUGUGGGAGUGCGGAGGGACGCUUGCAGCUUCAGCCAUUGCAUCUGGAGUAAUACAUGAGGUUUUUGCAUUUGUUGCACCUAAAAUUAUUGGAGGAAGGAAUGCACCAUCUCCUGUUGGUGAACUUGGAAUGGUUGAGAUGUCUCAAGCUUUGGAACUAAUAGAUGUUCAAUAUGAGAAGGUUGGAAAGGACAUGUUAAUUAGUGGAUUUCUUCAGCCAAUAUUAGAUGUUGCUCCUGUAAUCCCAUCCUGUGAUGAAACCUUUGCAAUUGACCCAACAGUUACUCCCUAUGAGUCGAGUAUCAUAUUCUUUUACAAAACAUGGGAUCCUUACGGCGCUUUUUCGAACUUUUCACGACACCCCAUUCAUCUCGCUGAUGAAAAUGGUAACGAUUGCACCUGGUUGACUGUAGAGCAUUAUUAUCAGGCUCAUAAAUUUGUUGGGCUUGAUGAUCCUGUUGCUCAGGAUUGCGUAGAAAAGAUCAAAUCAGCAAGAAGUCCAGAGGAAGCAGCAAGGAUAGGAAGAUCAAUGCAGAGGCAGCACCCUAAAAUGAUAAGGUCUGAUUGGCGAACAGCCAAACUCGACGUUAUGUACCGUGCAUUGAAAUGCAAAUUUUCUAGUUACCCUCAUCUGCAAUCUAUGUUGCUAUCAACUGCUGGAUCUGUUCUUGUUGAAGCAUCUCCACAUGAUCUCUUCUGGGGUGGAGGUCGAGAUGGGGAAGGUCUAAACUACCUUGGAAGACUUCUAAUGAAAUUGAGAGCCGAGUUUCUUGGACAAUCAUCGACCCCAAACGGGAGCAACGUGGAGUUCAAUUGACGAAAAGCACAAGAAAGAAGAUUAAUAAUCACAUCAGUUAAAGGUAUUAUAUGAUUCAGAAUCCAAUGGGCAAUCUCCUCUUUGUGCCCCGAAAAUUAGGUACCGACAAGGCUCUAAUGUAUGUUGAACCAUUAUUGUUUGACCCGAAAAUUCUCUCUGAUUUGGUAGGCAGCUAUACUGCUGCCUAUUGUAUAACUUAUAUCUUAUUGUUGAAUAAUGAAAUAAAAAAGAGGAACAUGUUCUCUAUGGAAGAUUUCAAGCACCGGGCAUCCCCUUGAUGAUUUACUA